GUCUUCAUUGAAAAUCUGACAAUGUUCCGCAACGCUCUUUCCCAAGUCGCCCGCCCGGCCCUUCUCCGCGCUCCUGCGACGCGCGCAUUCACGAGCACUGGCGCGCGCGCGCUGGCCCCGUCGGCCGCGUUCGAAAAGGCGCAGAAGGACGUUACGACGCUGCCCGAGAAGCCCGGCAACGACGUCAUGCUGCAGCUGUACGCGCUGUUCAAGCAGGCGUCCGAGGGCAAGAACACCAAGCCGCAGCCGUCGCGCUUCAACUUUGUCGACCGCGCAAAGUGGGACGCCUGGGCCAAGCUCGACUCGCUCAGCCAGGCCGACGCCGAGAAGCAGUACAUUGAGCUCGUCACCAAGCUCCUCAAGGCUGCUGGCAAGGCUUAGUUCUCUCUUUUUUUUUUCUCUUUUUGCUGCCCGCCUCCUCUGGACACCUGAUAUCUCUAUUUCGGAUCCAAAAUAGUCGCUUGUCUGAGAAUGGAAGAACCGCGCAAUGUCGAAAAUCACGUGCUUUCCUUUUCACCUGAUUUCCGUUCUUUCUUUUUAUGGGGAUUUCCGUUCUUCUUCUUUGUUUGGGUUUCUGAGUCUCGUUCUUCUCUGGUUUCUCUUUUGUUCGUGGUUGGGGUUGUGAUUUCUCAGAGGAAAAAAAAAAAAAAACCAGAAAACAAAAUUGUCGUUGGAUGUUUGUUUUUGUUUUUUGGUGCUCUUUGGUUGCAAGCAGUUCUCUGUUAUUGUUAACCAAAUGCAGCGAAAUAGUCAAACUCAACAAAAAGCAAAGCUUCGUUCAACAUCUUUUUCUUGUUUAUGAAGCGGCGCGGGUGAAUGGAGGAAAACCACGGAAAUCGCACAAACUAAACGCUUUGUUCUUGUUGCUGUUCUCAGGUGGCGCCGCCGCUCCAGCUGCUGCCUCAGAAAGCUCUGCCACCACCACCACUACUACUACCCCUGCUUCCUCCGAAUACAAGGACAUUGUCUACACGCUCGACUCGGGCGUGGCGACCAUCCGAUUCAACCGACCCACCCGGAAGAACGCCUUUACGGUGAACACUUACCGCGAGGUCGAGCGCGCACUCAAGCAAGCUGGCGCCGAUCCUGCCGUUCGCGUCGCAGUGCUCACCGGCACGGGUGACAUGUACAGCUCGGGCAACGAUCUGUCCAACUUUUUGAACAUUCCGGAAGGUGGCCCCGAGCAGCUCGCUCGUGAGAGCGCCAAGUUGCUCGAGGACUAUGUUGCCUCGUACAUUCACUUCCCCAAGCUGCUCGUUGCCGCAGUGAACGGCCCGGCCCUCGGUGUUGCCGUGACUGUGCUCGGCUUGGCCGACGUGGUGUUUGCGACCGACCGCGCAACCUUCAAGACCCCCUUCACUGCGCUCGGCCAGAGCCCCGAGGGCUGCUCGUCGUACGUCUUCCCGCAGAUCAUGGGUCCCAUCAAGGCGAACGCAAUGCUGCUUCUUGGUCAAGAGCUCUCCGCCGCCGAAGCGGAGCGGGUUGGCUUUGUUUCCCAAGUGCUUCCUCACGAGCACUUCCACGACGCAGUGCACCGCAAGGCUCUCGAGUUUGCCAAGCUGCCCCCGCAGUCCAUGCAAAUCUCCAAGCGGCUCAUCCGCGAGCGCACCCUCGGCGUUCUGGACGAGGUCAACCGAACAGAGUGCAAGGUGCUUUCCGAGCGCUGGCUGUCUGAAGAGUGCAUGAACGCCAUCAUGGCCUUCAUGGCGCGCAAGCAAAAGUGAAAAAAAAAAUAAGCAGAGGAGGGAGGGCUCUUUGUGGAUGGCCUUUUUUCCUUACAACAGUGCGCCUGUUCCUUCCAAUAAUGAACCUCGUUGUGUUUGUGUAUCCACCACACUUGUUCUUGUUCUUUCUGUAUCUAUAUCAACCCUGAUCCAUUC